AUGUCCCAUUUUGUGCUGUUUCACUGGAUUAUGAUACAGAUCUUUAUAGCGCACGCCGCAUCCGAAGCUGUUGUUAGAGGAGUAAUAGGGCAACCUGUUCUGUUGCCUUGCAUCUACCAGGUGGCACGACAUAAGGACAUCUCUGAUAUGUGCUGGGGCAGAGGCCCGUGCCCAAAUUCAAAGUGCAAUAACAAAAUUUUGCACACCACUGGGAAUAGGGUGACAUUCAGAAAAUCUCAGCGAUACAGUCUCCUGGGCUAUAUUUCCUAUGGAAAUGUGUCUCUCACGAUUGGGAAAGUGAAGGCAGAAGAUGCAGGUACAUACUGCUGCCGCAUAGAGGUCCCGGGUUGGUUCAACGACAUCAAACGGAACAUACGGCUGGAGGUGACCAGAGCCCCUCCAGUGAUGACAACCACCACGAGAAAGGCUCCCGUUUCCCCCAAACGUUUUAGAAAAACAACAUUUGCUCCCCAAGCAACCUCUGAUCAUCAAGCAACAGCAGAGACUGCUGUCCUCCUGACAACCACCCUCCCCGCAGCAACAACUGCAACCACUGAGUCUCCAGCAGUAAUUACACUGGAGACCAUUGCUCCCCCAACAUUUGCUGUGACAGCAGAUGAUAAUUCUCCAGCAACUAUGGUGACAACCAGUGCUCUCCCAGAUUUUCCAACUGGUUUCCAAGCAGCUGACAUGAGGACUGAAGGUGACGACGUGUUCUGCUCAGCAGAGUCCGUCCCUCUUCCUGGAGUGACUACUGAAUUCCCAGGUACAUUUCUGACUGCAGAGGGAGCUAAAAGUGCUAACACUUCUCUCAUGGUGGAAGACGUGCCAACUACAGCAAUAACCCCUCCGGCGCCAACCGUGCUUCAGACCAAAGAGAGAACCCCUGCUCCUUCAGGGAUUUCAGCAAGUUCAGACAGCAAGACUGAGAAACAUGAUGAUAAUGGAGAUAAGUUUCCCAGCUAUGCCAUUCUCAUUGCCUGCCUCAUCGUGGUGUCCAUUCUUUUCAUAUUGAUGCUCUCGUUGUUGUUUUGGAAACGUAAACACACAAAGAAGUUUAUAAUAAAAAGCCUUGGACCAGCAGAAGACCUUGAAAAGGUUUUCAGUGGCGCUGAAGGAGAAAACAGCAUUUUUUCCCUGUGA